AUGGCCGUAGAAGACGACAAGACGAAUGGCACAUUUAGCCAGGAGGACCACCAGGUGGCCUACAUCUUCAACCCUGAAGACAGUGCGGCAGCGCGGCCAUCAAAAAGGCGCCGCGUCUCCAAGAAGGGCACAAAGGGCAAAGAAUCAAACGAUGACGCCUCGUUAGCCGCGCUGGGUUCUGCGCUGUUCGUGCCACUCCUGAACGGUACUGAGCGUGCAACGUGUGUGCAAGAGAGGCAUCGUCUGUACGAGGAGAGCUGGACCAAAGUGAGCAACCGAAUACAGGGCAUCUUGCGAGACUCGAACUCUGCCACGCUGGAACAGGUGUCAUCCUUUGUUCAGCAGGCAAAGGCUGAAUGCUUUGAGAAAAUCCCCGCCGCAUUUAUUGUGACGGGAACAAAUAUUGCGUCACAAGACCUGCUGUUUGAACAGCUGUCUGAAACGCUGCAGUCUGGCUCCAGCCGCUUCGUAAGACUGCGAUCGACCGAGGCUGGGUCGCUGAAGGCGGUGCUGAAGCGUAUCAUUCGCACAGGGACGUCCAAAGCGACGGAAGAUGAUGAGGAGAAUGAUGCAGAGGAAAAGGAAGCAGAUGGCAAACGGUAUCUCGAAUACGACUUGGAAGCACUGUAUGCAUACGUGCAAACACAAAAUUGCGACCAAGUCUUUGUCGCAAUUCAGGACAGCGAAGGAUUCGAUAGCAGCCUGCUAUCAGACAUGAUUACUCUCUUGAGCUCGUGGCGUCCGCGAAUACCUUUUACACUGCUCUUUGGCGUCGCCACAUCGGUGGAACUGCUCCAAGCCCGCUUGCUCAAAUCUGCAUGCCGUCAGAUUUAUGGAGGCCAGUUUGACGACGUGCAGACGGAUACAAUUCUGGAAUCCGUCUUCAAGGGUGCUGUGGCCGCGAGUGAUGUCCCGCUCAGGCUAGGAGCCCCGCUGCUGCGAUGGAUGCUAGAUCGCCAACGCGAUCAGGUGGCUGGCAUUCAAUCAUUCAUCAGCUCUGUCAAGUAUGCAUACAUGUGUCACUUUUUCGCCAACCCGCUUAGUGUGCUGGCACUCUGGGAGGCUGGUAAGGACAAGCUGAUGCAGCCAGAACACCUGGAGGCCAUACGCAACACACCCUCUUUCCGCAAGCAUGUGGAGGCGGCCAUUGAAUCUGGUAGCCCCGAGAACUUGCAGUACGCACGGUCUCUUUUAGAAGAUGAAAGCGCUCUAAAAGAACGAGUGCAAGCUAGCAUUCGGGAGCGCGAGGCGUGGAUGGACAAGCGACUGCGGAGCCUGCUCAUGCUCGAGGCCGCUGGUGCGCAACACGGAGCGUUCUCGAGGGCCUACGUGGAGGCCAUGAGCGAGGGCAUUAUCAUGUCAGAGCACUCAAACAUGGUGGCUAGCGUGAGGCGCAUGGGCAUGAAUGAGCUGGUGGCGGCGAUUGAACGCUUCCUAUCGCUGCUACGCGAUGGCGAGCCAGGCCUGGGACUAGGGCCCGACAACGAGCGGGAGGGUGAGCAGAUGCAGACCCAGCUGGAGACGCAGCUUGCGGCGCUGCGGAGGCUCAUGACCCGUGCUGAAGCAGAGGACAUCAGCGUACGCAGCCAAUACAGCGGGCAGAGCAAGGUGGCGCGAACCACGGUGAUUGCGCAACGGGUGCAACUGAGCCACCACUCGGCAACGCUCAAGGAGGAGGACAAGCAGUUUACGGAGAUUAUCGACGCUGUAACGGGGCUGCUGGCGGCGCGCCACGACGAGACGACGCCGAGCGGCAUGUUCCUGUCGGAGAGCUGGCUGUACGACUCGCGGGCGCCGUCCAAGGACGUAUUCGUGCCGCGAGCGCGGGUCGUCUUUGAGCGCAGCCUGGCGCGGCCACACGACUAUCUGGCGUGCGAGUGCUGCAAGCCAGACCAUGAUGGCCUGCAGGCGACGCUGCCGGCGACGGCCAUUUUGUACCAGAUGUACCUGGAGACGGGCAACCUCAUCAACGUGGCCGACAUGUGGUCCUCGUUUUACACGCUGGUCAGUGGACAGAGCGGGCAGGCAGACGGGGAGGACGCCAUGGACGAGGACGAGGGCGAGGACGAGGAGAAGCAGAGGGAAGCGCUGGUCAUGUUCUACCGUGGCCUGGCGGAGCUACGUGCUCUGGGCUACGUCAAGAGCAGCAAGAAGAAGACGGAUCACGUAGCCAAGGUGAAGUGGUUAUAA